AUGCCGAACCUCGAGAAGGAACUUCACAACGGGAAUGGCAAUGGUAUCAAUGGAACCACAAAAAUAGAAAAAGACGACUGCGUCAACCCCCACAGUCUUGGCAUCAUCGGUGGUGGAUGGUAUGGCUGUCACAUUGCGGCAUCCCUUCGCGCUCUCGGCUUUCGCGUCAAAUUGUUCGAGCAGCAUAAGCGACUGCUACAUGAAGCAUCUGGCAACAACCAGUUCAGGCUGCAUAUGGGCUUCCACUAUGCCCGUCACAGUGGUACACGUCUUCAGUCCAGAGAUGGCUUUCUACGUUUCGUCGAGCAUUACCCCGAACUCAGCCGCGUUGUGCCCUGCAAUAUCUAUGCUGUACCCACUCAAGAUUCCCUGCUUGAUUACAAUACCUACAAGGCCAUCAUGGCCUCGAGCGGCGUAGCAUUCACCGAAGGGGCACCUCCGGGUAUCCAUAUCACUAACGUUGACGGCAUCAUGUGUGUGCCGGAGAGGGUUUUGCUGCUGAGCAAAGCCCGUGCUUACUUUGAAGCGGCACUCAAGGGUGCCCUUGAGCUUGGGCAAAAAGUUUCGAGCAUCCAAGAGGUGGACGAUGGCGUCUUGAUCGACGGUGAAAGCUUUGACUACGUGGUGGAUGCAACGUGGGGGCAUUACAUGGACCUGGACCUGCAGGUGAUAUACGAGGCGACCUUGUUGCUCUACUACGAGGGGCCUCCUGAGUUUCCGGCUGUGACCUUGGUCGAUGGUCCCCUAGCUUCCGUCUACCCCACUGAAGUGCCGGGGUUAUUCACCUUGUCUAGCGUCCCCCACACGCCUCUCGGACAAUUCAAGACUGCAGCAGAAGCUCGGGCGGCACGGGACGACGUUAGCCCCGCAACCAUAUCAGCCAAGCGGGCGCUUAUGGAGGAACAGAUUAUGCACUACCUCCCCACGUUCCUCGAGACGUUCCGUUACAUUGGACCACAGCUUGCCGUCAAGACCAAGCCGCUAGGGGCUUAUGAUGACCGCAGCUGUCGAGUCUCGCGUCACGGCCGAGUGUUUUCUGUCAUGUCGGGAAAGAUUGACACCAUCUUUUUUGCCCACGAGCGAAUCCUCUCGCUGAUCGACGAUGAGAGUUGA